GAACUAACGAUUCAGUGGAGGUUGUUUCCCGCCGUGAAUAUUUACGCGACGGACAGUCAGUCCUACACAACAGAAUGCAUGGAAAAUGUUAAAAUGUAGGGUUUUUUAUUUUGGUAAAAUUAGAAAAAAAGGUAGCGGAAAUGAUCUUUAGUUUAUAGAUUGUGUGUUUGUGUGUGUGUGUUUUAGGGAAUAUUUCUGACAGCUUUCGUAAGGGCGGUUAAUUUACUGCUGUUAUUUACAUGCAGGUUAAAUAACUAGUAAUGGCGAGAGGAAGCGUUUUUCUUCUCUGUUUUUCUUAAUGUGCAGUUUUCGAGAGCGGAAUGGUUUAAUAUCGAGACUUGGUGAUGUUAUUUUACUGAUUUGUCGGUGUAAUUGGUGACUCGUGCCCCGGCUGUGUCACUCUGAGAUGCCCAGCAGCAGCAGCAGCAGCAGUGCGGCAGUGAAGGGGAAGAGAAGCAGCAGGAGGAGGAGCAGGAGGAGCAGCAGAGCUCCGGCUGAAGAUCCGGCUAGAAACGAGCUCGUCUCCAGCUCUCUCCAAAGCGCACAGCAAUGCCUCUUCCAGCAGGACCACGGCACCGCGUUCGUCCACUUCCUCCUGGCCUUAAACCUCGCCCCGGCUCUGAAAGACCUGGCAAGAGAUUCUUUCAGGUUCACGCUUCUGAAGUGGGCUGACGAGCUGGACGGAGUAGGUCGCAUUCAGGAGCUGUUCGACUGCUACGAGCAAGCGCUGGAGUUGUUCCCUAAAGACGAGGUGAUCGUCAACAGCAUGGGCGAGCAUCUUUUCAGGAUGGGUUUCAGGGACGAGGCUGCGGCGCAUUUCUACAAAGCCCUGAAACUGAAGCCGGAUUUCCCAGAAGCCAAGGAGAACUUCUACAGGGUGGCUAACUGGCUGGUGGAGCGCUGGCAUUUCCUAAUGCUUAAUGAUAACGGGCGCAAUCGAAAGUACCAGCUCGCUAUUCAGAGGGCGGUGCAGGACGGCUGUAGAAGCGUUCUGGAUAUCGGAACAGGCACCGGCAUCCUCGGGAUGUGUGCGAAGAAAGCCGGGGCGAGCGAGGUGUACGCCUGCGAGCUGUCUAAGACCAUGUACGAGCUGGCGUGCGAGGUGGUCUCGGCCAACGGCAUGGCGGAUAGCAUCAAGAUCCUACACAAGAAAUCACUGGAGAUGGAAAUCCCGAGAGACAUUCCCAACAGGGUGUCCUUGGUUGUCACGGAAACGGUGGAUGCUGGACUGCUCGGGGAGGGAAUUGUCGAGAGUUUGAUUCACGCCUGGAAGCAUCUGCUCUUACCACCACCAAACGCUGAAGAUGUUCCACUGUCCAGCCCUUCCCAAACGGGUCGAGUCAUACCCGCCGGCGCCACCGUGUUCGCAAUGGCCGUGGAGUGCCACGAGAUCCGCAGACACCACAGGCUGUGUGUGAGCGCAGUAGGGGGACUGGACCUGGCUGCAGCAGGACACAUCCGCAGUCCUGUGAGGUGUUCAGGGGACGCAGAUGAGUCGUCAGAGCCGUACACCACUGAGAGACUGAGCCGUCUGCCUGGAGGCUUCACUGCCCUCACAGAGCCCUGCAGGGUGAUGAAUAUAGACUUCAACAACCCACAGGAGCUGGAAGGCCUGUGUCUGAGGGAAGCGACUCGGCUGCGUGUGCCGGUGAUCCGGGACGGAGAUGUUGACGCUCUGGCCGUGUGGUUUCAGCUACACCUGGACCAGGAGAACAGCAUCUCUACCGGCCCGGACGAAGACACGUGCUGGGAGCAGGCCAUCUACCCAGUCCCGACUCACUACAGUGUGAAGCACAGUGAUGAACUGCUGGUGGAAGUUUCCUGCAGAGAUGCUUACCUGAGAGUAUCCUGUGCUGGAGUAAUGAGCAGCAGCCAGAAGCGCCACAGCAGCAGCAUGGACGAAGCCGCUUCUGCUGAAGUUCCUUCAAAUCCUGAACUGGAGCUCUGCAGCGCUCUGGCCGGCCUCCAGACGCACCAUGACCUUCCGGCUCAAUCAUUUACUCUGGAGUGUUCUGAAAUCGCUCUUCUUAACAACACCAAUUAUCACGAGUGCUUCCGGAAAGCAAUGGCCAAACUUUUGUCCUUCUUCGAGUCACGUGGGUCAGAGGUCAAAGAGGAAUCUUCCUCCUCCUCAGGGCCGCUGUACGUGCUGGACGUCUCGGAGGGUUUCUCCGUGCUCUCUUUGAUGGCAGCGCGAUUAGGGCCGGUGCGAGCCUACAGCUCAGUGGAGAAGCAACAGCACCAGGCUCUCCUGCAGCUCCUGGCCCGGGAAAAUGGAGUGCACAAGGACGCACUGGAAUUUUGGCUCGGCCAAGUGGAGGACGACUCGGCUGUGCUACAGAGGCCCGACUCGGAUAAGCUGUGGAGCGCCAUCAUGCUGGACUGCGUGGAAAUCUGCGGCCUGCUCAGACAAAACCUCAUGGAGAAGGCUUCCUUAGCUAGGUGUCUCCUGGAGGAAGGCGGCCGCAUUUUCCCUGAGCGCAUCGUGAUCCAUGGCAUGUUGGUAGAAUCGGACACGCUUCUGCAGGAGAGCGCUGUGCAGGGAACAGAGCCUACACUGGGCUUCAACAUCGCUCCCUUUAUCAACCAAUUCACUGUGCCUGUUCAUGUGUUUUUGGACCUGUCCACGCUGGCGUGCACACACCUCAGCGAUCCAGCCGAGAUGUUCAUCCUCGACCUCAUGGACAGCAACAACAACUACACCAGCAGAGACGUCCGGGUUCGAGUGAAUGCCCCGGGCAGGGUGACAGCCAUCCCCUUCUGGUACCACAUCUACCUGGACUCUGAUGUGUGUGUGAGCACGUUCAGGCCGGAUUCACACUGGAAGCAGGUGGCUGUGAUCCUGCAGCGCCCCCUGGUGGUGAACGCGGGUGACUGGGUCAGGCUGAGCGUCCAGUUCCACAAGAGCAGCAUCUCCAUAACGGCCAUCAGAGAGGAGGAAGAGGAGGAGACUGCAGCUCAUUAAGGAAAAGGUUGUGGACUUGACAGAGUAAUGCUUCACACAAGAAAGAGAGGAUUUAUGUCAUGGUGGAUCUUUAAUAAGAACUCAGUAAAGGAAGUGGCGACUCUUAAAGGAGCAGUGUGUCAAUUUUACAGCCCCACGUGUCACCCACAUGAGCCGAACUGCAAUGAAGACACUGAAGCAUUUUCCUUUCCCCUUAUUCGAACACCGUCUCUGAUGAAACUUCCUCAUGGGUUUGAUUUUAGGGAAAAGAGGUGGUAGCUGGGCAGCAGACGGCAGGGGCGGAGCUAAAUUCAGGUUCAGGAAAGUGUUGGGGAAAAAAAAAAAGAAGCAGCAUGCCACGUUCAUUGCAUGCCAGGAACUCUACAAUUAUAUAAGUGUUACAGAUUUUAAAAUACCUUGGGGAAAAAAAUGAGACUGCACCUUUAAAGUGAGGACAGGUCUUUUGAGGUACAUCUAGUAUAUAGUUUUUUCUUUUCUUUUCUUUUUUUUUACACUGAGAUGGAGUUUAUCAUUAUGUGCUCUGAUCUGAAUCUCAUCCUUAUGUUAAAAGUGUUUUUUUUCCCUAAUGUACGGUGGCCUGUAAGUCCAAAACACAUGAAACAGAAAGGGGCGGUCCUUAUUAAAUCAAAUGCUUGUUGCUGAUUGGUUACGGCAUACGUCUGUGUGAGAGAUGUUUAAAGUAAGAGGAAAUAGGAUCAGAUCUACUGAGCUGCUGAUGCUCCAUUCUUAAUCAUGUUUAUUUUUAUUAAGGGCAUUCACACGAUGUCAUUGUCAAUAUGCUGUCAACUCCAAUCAGCACCAAAGCAUUCGAUAUUCUCUAAGGACCGCCCCCCUUUCCAUUUUGUGUUCAUGUUGAUGUGUUUCUUAUGUUCUGGUGUGUUUUUGGUUUGUUCAUGUGAUUUUGCACUUACAUGCCACCGGACUAAUGUUUUGUAACCUUCAGUACCAGUGGGAUCAUUAAACAACCAAGCACACUGACCAAU